GGUCAUCUCGAUAUCCAGAAGAAGCAAGGCACAGCCGUCUAAAGUGAAUUACAGGCUUUGGUAUUAAAUCGACUAAUCAUACACCAUCUUAUUACCCCGCUGGCUCAUGCGCUUGUUCAUCACUAUCUGGUACGCCUCUGUAGUUUGUAGACUUUUCUCGAUUCUCACCAAAGACUAUUUACUUGGAACUGUAACCUCCCCACAAAUGCCCCUCAUUAUCCAUACAUGCGCGAUGCAUGAUAGAUCCAGUGGACUCUAUACCAAGUUUCGACACCGGCAUACAGUUACCACCGCACCCAUCCACAAAUCGAACAGAGGAAAAAAACGGUCUAGCUUUUUCGAAAGCAUAGACUGGUAUCUUAGAAGAGAAAUACAACGAAAGGGAAAAAAAAUAGAAAACUAUGUUGGAGUAUAAUCUUUAGCUUUAUGACAGUGUUAACGAGAGUGUCCGAACGGUAGUGACGACAAGAUAAGAGGAAAUUCGAGCAGCUAGAUGCAAUGCAAAUGCUGGCCUGAAUGAGGUCGGUGCAAUAGAUGAAUGUGGACAUCUU